AUGUAUGAUUAUAUCAAAUUAGUUGAAAAGAGCCGGCUAGUGCACUACGAAGGAGACCAGUCGGCCCAGACCGCGGAUUUCCUCAGCAGGAUGUAUGCGCCUGUCGACUACUGCAUCGACUUUGCGAAACAGGCAGGUUGGUCGAAACCUCUGGUGCUCUACGAGUAUAUUUAUGCAAUGGUAAACGUGCCGGGCGCAAUAAAGGAAUACAUCGAUGUCUUUUACGAGUAUCUGGUACUCAUGGGUGGGUUCUGCUGGGAAUGGGCUAACCAUAAUAAAGAAGGCGAAGAGUAUAUCGCGUACGGCGGCGACUUCGGGGACGACCCUAACGAUGGCAAUUUUGUCAUGGACGGACUUUGCUUUUCCGAUCAAACCCCGACUCCCAGCCUUGUAGAGUACAAGAAUGCUAUCGAGCCUAUGCAGACCUUGAGCAUCGACGGCCGGAAGGUCACGAUCAUCUAUCUCUAUGACUUCAUCAGUCUUUACCAUCUUAGAUGCCACUGGUCGAUCGUUGCCAACAGCUGGAAGGAGUUGUACGUGGACUGGCAAACCCGCCGCUUGCACCAGGCGAAGAGCCACGCCAUCGGAGUGACGUGGGAGGUUAAGGGGGGCAUCGUCGAGAUCGUGAGCAAGGGCCGAGUCGAGCCUCCGGUCCUAAACUGGUCCGUAGACACGCAGACGACGUUUCGCCUGGGCGGUAUGGCCAUACACGUGCGCGUGCCGGCGACACCGAGAGGGCCCCUCCUGCCGAAGUCGUUCGUUCGCCCGUUUUGGUUUCUCCCUGGUGCUUGCGGGUUGCGAGCGUGUGCGGUGGUUCGGCCGGGGACCUGGCGAGAGCUACCGGGACAAGAAGCUGAGCCAGGCGUUUGGCAAUUGGGAGGCCGCGCCGGCUUUGCGGGCCUGGAUGGCGCCGGCUUCCAGGCAUUGCGAUGCUCCACCGCGGAUCUGGACGAGAGCGCGCACCCGUACGAGCUGCGCAGGCGCAAUCGGGACGAUACCGUUGCUCAUCUCGACUGGUUUUACCACGGGCUUGGUACCGGGUCCUGCGGGCCCGCAACCUUGCCACAGUAUCAGUUGAGGACGGACGGAGAAUUUGAUGUCGAGAUGGUCCUUGAGUAUGGCGCGUGGGCGGGAAAACGGGCUUGA